GGGUCGAGCCUAAGGGUAGAUCUUCAGCGGCCUCCUGCUCAACCCACCUCAGAGAUACCCCAUCCCCGCCCCCCGAGUGAGAACGACUGUCCCUGUCCGGAAGCCUGCUCUGUUGGCUGCGAGAGGCACUUGGAUCUGACUCGCGCUGGUGGCAUCGAACCUUACACUGAAGCCGCUGCUCAUCUCCCACGAUGGCACCAGCCAAACUGCACGUCCUCUUCUGCCUCUUCUGCUGCCUCCCCCCGGUGCAUCCUUUUCACUGGCAAGACCCCCCUCCUUUUGACUCUAGGUCCCCAGCAUGGUUCCAUAAGAUACAAGCGGUGAUGUCUGCUGCCAGCUCUGGCCCUAGUAAAAUCCCCAAAGGAAAUGGAUCUUACCCUGUCGGUUCUGCAGACUUGAUGUUCGGUUAUACUAAUGAGAGCGUCUUCUUGCGAUUGUAUUACCCAUCUGAGGAUCAAGAACGCUUGGACACUGUUUGGAUCCCAAACAAAGAAUAUUUUUUUGGUCUUAGUAAAUUUCUUGGAACACCCCAUUUUAUAGGCAAAUUUUUGAACUUCUUAUAUGGUUCAAUGAAAACGCCUGCAAGCUGGAAUUCUCCUCUGAAGACUGGUGAAAAAUAUCCACUAAUUGUCUUUUCUCAUGGUCUUGGAGGCUUCAGAACAAUUUAUUCUGCUCUUGGCAUUGGCCUGGCAUCUUAUGGGUUCAUAGUUGCUGCUGUAGAGCACAGAGAUGGAUCCGCAUCCGCAACUUACUAUUUUGAUGACCAGGUGGCUGCAAAAGCAGACAACAAGUCUUGGCUUUACCUGAAAAUGCUGAAGCAAGAGGAGGAGGAGAGAGUUCGGAAAGAGCAGGUGCGGCAGAGAGCGAAAGAAUGCUCCCGGGCUCUCAGUGCAAUUCUUGACAUUGCGUAUGGAAACCCCAAAGAGAACAUCCUGGAUUCAGAUUUUGAUUUGGAACAUCUGAAGGGCGCUAUUGAUGGGGAUAAAAUAGCAGUGAUUGGACAUUCCUUUGGAGGAGCGACAGUUAUCCAAACCCUCAGUGAAGACCAGAGAUUCAAAUGCGGGGUCGCUCUUGAUCCGUGGAUGUAUCCGGUGAGUGAGGAGCUGCGUUCCAAAAUCCCUCAGCCCCUCUUUUUCAUCAACUCUGCACAAUUCCAGUCUUCUAAAGCCAUCGAGAAAAUGAAAAAGUUCUACCAACCUGGCAAGGAAAGGAAAAUGAUCACAAUCAGGGGCUCAGUGCACCAGAAUUUUGCCGACUUUACUUUUGUGACUGGCAAAAUCAUUGGAAACAAGCUGACAUUAAAAGGAGAAAUAGACUCUGGCGUGGCCAUCGACCUCACCAAAAAAGCCUCAUUAGCUUUCCUACAGAAGCAUUUAGGACUUCAUAAAGACUUCAAUCAGUGGGACUCUCUGGUGGAAGGACAUGACAAGAAUCUGAUCCCCGGGCCACCCUCAAAUGUCGUCACCCAGUCCCUGGCUCUGCAACACUCUCCAGGAUCACACCCCCAGAAUUAGAAGAGCUGGCUACACAAUCUACUUGUGGAAAUGAGAUGACAAUAAGAGAGAGAACGAGAGAGAGAAUGGAAGAGAUAGAGACCUUAAUGUAUUUAUCCAAAUAACCAUUUUUUAAAUGUACGCUGUACUGUAGAACAAUGAUGGAUGCCUAGACUAAGAUUUUUCCCAUGUAAAUUAAAGAAUACAAUGAAGAGCAUAUGAAAACCA